UUAUCAAGAAAAUAGAAUCACUUGUUUGUGAAGCAACAUAGUGUGAUAAUCCCAAGAUUUUUUAAAACUUUUUUUUGUGUGUGGUUUUUUCUUGCUAGUGUGGUUUUGUAGGGGCCUUUUUACACUCUCUUUCUCGUUGUAUAUAAUGUGGAUAUAUCCUUUUAAGUUAUAAUCAUCAUCUCUCAUUCUUUAUGUCAUUCUAGAACAAACUAUCAACAUCACAACCAUCAUCAUUAGCAUCAUCAUUAAGUUCCAAAAGAUGAAGGGAAGAUUUUAUAGGUUUGUUAUAAUAAUAAUGUUGUGUAUAAUGAGAGUAAUUAGCAGGCCUUUUGGGCCGAUAGUUGAUGGCCCUCCAAUUCUUGUCUCUACAAAACAAGGCACAUCAACAAAGACUAUGUCAUAUCAAUCUAGUAUAGCUCCUAAACCAAUGAUAGAUUCAAGAAUUGUCAAUAAGAAUGAGGAAGAUAUGAGGAAUAACAAUGAAGAAGAUGAGAGAUAUGGAAGAGGGAUAGAGAACAGGAUAGGAUCAAGACCACCAAACUGUGCUCACAAGUGUUAUGGGUGCAGUCCAUGUGAAGCCACACAAGUGCCUACAAACAGCCAUGUGGGAAUCCAGUAUACAAACUAUGAGCCUGAAGGAUGGAAAUGCAAGUGUGGUCCUACUUUUUAUAGUCCAUGAUAUCAUCUUCUCAUGCAAUGUAAUGAUAUAUAAAAUUAACAACAUAUAUAUCCCAUAUAAUAUGGUAUCUUAACAUUCUAGUUGUUUUUUUUUUUAAAUGAUUUAGCUACAUAGUUAGUAGAUGUAGGAUUUUGAAUGGUAUAUGUAUUUAAGUUAAUUAAACAUUAAAUAUUUGGUGUGGUUCUUAAACAUUAAUUUGUAUGCCAAGUCUUUUUGGAA